AUGCUAGGUUUGAGGAGAGUGACUGACAUUGGUGCUAUUAAGCCACUUCAUAUUACGCAACGGAUAACUCCCAUACUUCGAUUAUCCCCACAGGUAACAUACUACUCCACCAAAGCAAAUGACUCUGAUCCUCCAGCUAAAAAGAAAAAGCAAAUGAAUAUUGCGAACGUUCCUCUUGCUUACAUUGGAGUUAUGUCGGAUUUGUACAUUCCACCACGUCUUUUCAACUACUCCCCAUUAUCAUGGCCCAAAUUGAUGUUGCGUCGAUUGCUUACGUUUGCAUUUAAUACUUAUAACGUCAUCAAAUAUAAACGAGAAAUUGCUCAACCAUUACAAUUCAAUGAAUGGAAAGACAAAGCUAUUGAGAAUUAUGUCAAGACGAAUAAGAUUUUUGCUCAGGCUUGUAACAAUUUCACAUCAACUACGUCGUCACUGCGUGAUGCUUCCAAAUUUAUCAAUUUGAAAUUAAAUCAAUGCUGUGGUAAACAUUUGAUUGAUGUGCUCAAUUUAAGAGCUGCUAAUUUUCAACCGAAUUACAAGAUUACCUGGGACUUGAAAUCUAUUGAUGCCAACCCCAAGAUUAGCAUGUUUAGUGUUAUUCCCGAUCAAGAUGGAAUUGGAUGUUAUGUACAAUUUAUCAUGAAAUUGAAAACUACCCAACAUGUAACUGUGUCAGAAAGGGUUGGCGGUAAGUUGAUUCAAGAUGUUGAAAGUCAAAGUACUGAUUACCUCGUGUACUCCAUGAAUCCAUUCAAUGGACAAAUUUUGUUGGUGGGUAAAUUAUUUGAAAGCGAUGAUAAACGAGGAUUGAAGCCUGAGUUGGAUGCUUUUGAUGCCCAUGCGAUGCAAAAGUUUGUUUUGAAAGCUGCUGAUAUCUAUCGUGAUGCUCCAAAGUGA